AUGGGUUUUGCUCAGAAAAUCGCCGCAGCUCAGAAUAACGAGAAGAUGGCCAACAGUGGUUCAUACGGAGGUGCACCUCCAGCAGGCUACACUGGGGGCCCUCCUGCAGCCUUGCAAAGUGGCGGAUCGGAUCUCCGGCCCCUCAGGGAACGAACAACCCGUCAUCUCCCUAUUCCCGGCCUCCGCCAUCCACACCCUACCCCGCAGCUCAGCAAUCUCAACAACCUCAGGCCUAUGGCCGCCCGCCUCCACCCCCACCACAAGGCCAGCCCUAUGCUAGUUCUCCCUAUCCGGGUCAGCAAGCGGGACAGCCCUAUGCUUCUCCGAGCUCGCCCUACCCAGGACGGCAGUCUGCACAGUCGCCCUAUCCUGGUCAACAGCAACCUCCUCCACAAGGAUACCCUGGACAACAACAAUAUCCUGGACAACAACAAUACCCCGGACAACAACAAUACCCCGGACAACAACCAUAUCCGGGACAACAACCAUAUCCUGGACAGCAGCCGUCAUAUGUACAAAAUACCCCUUGCCCUGAAUCACUGCAUAUUUCUGUUCCCGCCCUAUUCUUCUCAGGGAGCUCCAUACCCCGGUGGCCAGGGUCGUCCUGGACCCGCACCUGGACCACCAAGUGGACCACCACCAGGCCAGUAUGGCGCACCCGGAGGCGGCCCUCAGGCUGCAGCUCCCCCGGCUACCCAGCAGCAGGCUGCAGCUUACCGAUCGCUUUUGAUUUCAACGAUUCAAGAGAGGAAUCUCCAAAGCUUCUACCCUCCGGAGCGACUGGACCGACUUGUUCAGUCGCUCGCCGCUGAAGCACCGGCUAAGCUCAACAGGCUGAUUCAGGAAUGGGCCGUGCCCAUGGAGGUGGCGACCGAUGUCAUGAAGCUCUCGUUGUUCGACGUGAUUCUCUACGUUGAUGAUAGUGGAUCUAUUGAAUUCGAAGAGAAGGGACUCCGGAAGGAUCAACUCCGACAGAUUCUUGGUAUUGUAGCUACCGCUGCAUCUACCUUCGACCAGGACGGUAUCUCUGUCCGAUUCAUGAACUCCAGUGAGGUGGGCGAUGGCAUUCGCGAUGCGGAGGAUGUCAGUCGUCUAGUGUCCCGAGUCCGUUUCUCGGGCCUGACCCCCCUGGGCACCAGCUUGAAGUCCAAGGUCAUUGACCCGAUGGUCGUUCAGCCCGCCCGGGCCAAUCGUCUCGAGAAGCCCGUGCUGGUGAUCACCAUCACCGACGGACAGCCUGCUGGCGAGCCGCACGGCACCGUGGGUGAUGUCAUUCGCUAUGCAGUGGAGGAGACGUCACGGACCCGUUAUGGCCCUGGCGCCGUAUCCUUCCAGUUCUCGCAGGUGGGGACUGAUCAGCGGGCUCGCGACUUCUUGGGAUCUCUGGACCAGGACCCUCAUAUUGGCCACUUGAUCGACUGUACCUCCAACUUCGAGGUUGAGCAGGAUGAGAUGUCGCGUGCUAACCCACCAGUGCAUCUCACUCGUGAGCUUUGGUGUGCCAAACUGAUGCUCGGCGCCAUUGAUUCCUCCUAUGACACCAAGGAUGAACGAGACAACGAACGUCGCGGUGCACCUCCACCGGCAUCGAUAAGCCAGUACGGAGGCGGAGGAUACGGUCAACCCCCGCCACCCCAGGGCCAAGCUCAGCCUCCAUUUGGUCCGCCCCCUGGUGCCCCGCCGGCUUCGUACGGUUCCCAGUCCGGCUACCCACCGCAGGGUGGUCAAUACCAACAGCAGCCUCCCCAGCAGGCCCCCCAGCAGGGCACGCGCGGUGGCUAUGGCCAGCAACCGCAGUAUGGGUCACAGCCUGGACCUGGCUACCAGUAUGGUGGACAGCCGCCACGCUAUUGA